CUAGAAAACCCCUGCGAACCGAUAAGCUAUCCUGCAAAGACGAGUGUUCCCGCCUACAGCACAGCAGCGUAAAGCAUCGCUAGUCAUGAGCGCGCUGCGCCAGAGCUCGCAAAAGCUAGGAUGCAGAGGCCACGCUGCGGAGCGUUCCACUAGCUUGCGCGGGCGCAGGGUUGCGGUGCCCACUUGCACAGUCGUCCGCGCGCAAGCAACGUCAGGCGUGCGAAUUGACGUGGAGAAAACGAGCUGGAACAGCCGGCGCAUCUUUGCGGCAGUGUCCAUAGCCACGCCCAAGAGCGCGGUGUGGUUGGCGCUGUCGGACUAUGACAACCUGGGCAAGUUCAUUCCCAGCCUGGUGGAGAACCGCUGCCUUGAGCGCGGCGGGAGGACAGCGGUGCUAUAUCAGGUGGGCGCUCAGGACGUGGCCAUGGGCGUCAAGUUCAGCGCCGCCGUGACGCUGCGCUGCUGCGAGCACCAGAACGGCGGCCUGCCGGAGGCGCUCAUGACGCCGGCGCCCGCCGCGCAGCUGGGCUCCGCCGCCUCGGGCUCCAGCAGCAGCAGCCCCGGCGGCAGUGUCGACUUGGCGCCGCCAUCUGCGUCGGAGCUGGCGUCCGUGGAGGCGCUGUUUCCGUACCCGCUCACCUCGGCGCCGGGCGUGAGCAGCUCCGACAUCACGUUUGAGCUGGUGGAGGGAGACUUCCAGGCCUUCCGCGGCGUCUGGCGCAUGCAGCAGACCGGCGAGGCCACCACGCUGCUGAGCUACGCGCUGUUCGUCAAGCCGCAGGCCUGGCUGCCGGUGGCGCUUAUCCAGGGGCGGAUAGAGAACGAGGUGGUGCGCAACCUGGAGGCGGUUGGGAAGUACGCGGAGGCGCAGCACAAGCUCAAGGAGCAGCAGGUGGCGCAGCAGUGAGACGGAGGGCGCGCCGAGAUGCAGCGGAAGUGGGAGGGCUUGUGUGGUGUAAGACGGUGUGGUGUGGGCGUGCGGGUAAACGACGCGGGUAGACGAGUGGCUGGCUGCCGACGCGCAGGUGCAGGCGCAGUGGCCAGAGGAGAGUCUGUGUGAACUGAUGAAUUAAUGAUUGUGCUACACAAUUGCAGGAUGCUGUGAGGUUGCAAGUGUGUAGGUGCAGUGCGUGGCAGGGCCAACAAACAGGGAAGCUCGUUUUUGCAGUGCACGUGCCUUGACAGUCAACUCAAACGGUCUGCUAAUUAAGGUUGCCAUGGCGCUUGGUGCUUCCUUUGCUUGAGGCGUACAAACUACCGUGCUGUUGCUGGACUGUUGAGUUCCUCGUAUAAGCAAGAGCAGAGGGUGGUGAGAAGCAUGGUCCCGAGUGUGAUGGCUAGAAUCCCGGCCCACAAAGGGGGCUCUUGCUGGCAGCGCAGGCUGCGCAGCGGGAGCCCGGGGCGCUGAUGUUGUCAGUGACGAUGUCAGGGCAAGAGUCGCAGAGUGGGUUCGCGGUUGCUGCCGGUGAUCGCGCUGGCUGGCUCACAGAGUUUGCUGACGCGCAAUCCUCACGCUCGGGGCGCCCGGCCAGGCGAUAUCACCAGAGGGCUGAGGUGGCGGGGGCGGCGGCGGCGGCAGGAAGGCAUACGGAAUCGAGGCGCAUAGGGUGGGCCAGACACAGGGCUCGCAGGCUGGCUUUUAAUGUGGUGAUGAUGUGUAGGCAGAGCUGCAGGGACCGGCCUGGGCACCUGGCCUUAGAUGAUGCGCACGGACCCAGUGACCCGACAGACGGGAUUCAGUGGCAAUGUACAAUAUCCCCCACA